GUGAAUACAUCUUUAGUUACGAAUCUCAACUUUAAGCGUGAAUUUUUCAGUUUCAAGUGUUGUGAAUAUUUAAACUUUAAAAAUGAUGAAGAUGGUAUCCUUAGUGUUGUUUGUUUUGGGAGGUCUCCUCGCAGCAACAGAAGGCUGUGGUCCUGGAAAGCAAUUGCUACGAUCUGGAGGAUUGACGGCGUACGAGAAGCAAGCUAUAGUCGACGCGCACAAUCGUCUCAGGCAAUCCGUUGCCCUGGGACAGGUCUCCAGCCAACCACCAGCAGCUAACAUGAUGGAAAUGGUAUGGGAUGACGAGCUGGCCGCGGGCGCUCAGCGCUGGUCUGAUCAGUGCAUCACUGCUCACGACCGUGCCGCCCAGCGGUACGAUGGCCGCUUUCCAGUGGGUCAAAACCUUGCAGCCACUUGGACAACUCGCCCACCCACCCAGAGCUCUGACUCCGAACCUGACUUCAACAAGCAAAUCAACGCCUGGUUCGACGAAGUACAUGUCUACUACUUCAAACCCAUCACCGGAGGACAUGGCACUGGACAUUACUCACAGUUGGUUUGGGGCGAGACAUCUCAUGUAGGCUGUGGUUUCACAUUCUACUACGACCCCGUUCGAGGCUACACCAAGCUCUACGUGUGCAACUACGGUCCCGGCGGUAACGUCAUCGGAUCCAAGCCAUACGAAAAGGGCUAUCCAUCAUGCACCAACUACGGCCUCACAGAAUCCAUCAAAUACUCCGGCCUUUGCGCCGCUAGCUACACAGCUUCCUCGUCUUACCAGACGGUGGAUAACAGCAACAGCUACAUCUCGAACGCCAUCCCCGACAGCUCCGCGGGCACUCAAGGCUUCAACUAUCACUUCAGCAACCAGUUCUACAACCAGUACAACAAUCAAUACCAGUACAGAUACCAGCAGCCGAGCACUUACUACCGCCAAGAAACCUCGACCUUCAGGCCUAUCAUCAGUAUCAUCAACACCGCCUCCAAGCUUUUCAAGACAAAGCCCCAAGUGAGAAUUGGCACCGUCUACCUAUAGGCAUUUCCUUGAGGGUGCAGUCAUAGCAGUAUUGUUUGUAAAUUAUAGUGACAGUUGUGUUACUCGACUGAUAUUCGAAACUGCACUGAGCAGACUUUCGGAACCAAGUAUGAUAUUGUUAUUCCUUGGUUUUACAAGGAACUUAAGUAGGUUUUCGCUUCUUUGAAUGUAUU